AUGCUGGCCCCGAGCCUUCAAAGGCGGACGCCCAGCCAAACCGGGGCCUGCUCACGGGUCAUCAUGCAUGCCAGGUCGCCAAAACCCACCACGCCAGCCGGAAGCCCCAAGAACAAGCGACGUAUGCGUGCAGGAAGGAAGAGGCCCAUCUUCAAUGGUCGGCAGAUUGCUGUCAGGGUGAACCCCAAAACAAACAAGCCAGUUCGCUACAAGAUGCACGUCAUGCCCGGUGACACUGUGCAAGUCAUGAAGGGCAAGGACAAGGGCAAGGUGACAGAAGUUCUGAGGAUUUUUCCGAAGUGGAACAAGAUCCUCUGCCUGGGCGUGAACUAUUGCAUCAAGCAUGUCAGGCCGAUGCGCGAGGAUGAAGUGGGCCAGCGAGUGCAGGUUGAAGCCCCCAUGCACUCGUCCUGGGUCAUGCACUAUGACGAAGAGGAAGAGGUGGCUGGACUGCUAGGUGUGCGCUUCAAGAAGAAAGCUCUCAAGGACGGCAGCGAGGUGGUAAAGAAGGUCAGAUACAACAAGUCUACAGGAAACGAAAUUCCAGUAAGAGCCCCUUCAAGGUGGGUCCCUGUGCUGGAUCGUGUGGAAGAUGAAGACUGA